GCCCCGCCCCGCCCCGCCCCGCCCUGCCCUGCCCUUCACAGCGGCCAAGAUGGCGACGGCCACACGCAUCAUCCAGCGGCUCCGCAACUUCGCGGCGGGGCGGGACCUCCAGGCCAAGCUGCAGCUGCGCUACACGGAGAUCUCCAAGAGAUCCCAGCCGCCACCUCGGCUCCCGGUGGGUCCCAGCCACAAGUUUGCAAAUAACUAUUACUGCACGCGGGAUGGGCGCCGAGAGACUUUCCCUCCUAUUGUGGUUGCGUCGACGCAGAAAACCCUCGCUGCAGGGGCUCAGGCCAGCAGUUCGGGCACUGCAGUGACAACAACUGAGAAAAAGCCAGUGACACCAGGGCCACCAAUUAAGAAGUGGGAAAUCUCAAAAGACCAGCCCUAUUUGUGAGAAAUUAAUAAGGCUGGAUGUACAGAUGUUGGUUCAUGAAAAAGCAGUACUCUGAUGGGUAAGGCUGCAGUGGAUUUAGGUGCAAUGAUGCUGGGUGGAACUUAUCCACAUAUAUUAAGUUUUGCUGAUGUAUGACUAAUAAAUGCAUUUAAAGUUGUAAUUAUCUUCCCA